CCUCUCGUGAGAUGUUUCGAAGGAGUAUUCAAGACACCUGUCAAGAAGAACCUGGAGUGUAGCCCGUACAUUGGUCGCCCUGCUUCGAUAUAACUCAAAGCAUGGAAUAAAGAAGUCCUUUUGCAUCGAUACAGACUGGACGAAUCAAAUCUGAUUGCGCGCUUGAAAACCAAACCAUUGCGCAUUUAAGCUUCCAUCUCUCCAGCACCAGUUGUGUUGUUUAGAACUUUGAUAUACCACCUGUGACUCUUUAUAUUGUGGUUUUUCCCAUAGACGGUUUAGUUUUUCCAUUCGGACGCAACGGACAAAUGCUUUUCCAUCAAUUUGUUAACGGAGGUCUGGAGACAAUGCAUCCCACUAUUCAGAAUGACACUACUUUCACUAAGAUCUUUGUCGGUGGUUUACCUUAUCAUACCAACAAUGCAUCCCUUCGAAAAUACUUCGAGACGUUCGGGGAUAUUGACGAGGCCGUUGUGAUAACGGACAGACAAACCGGGAAAUCCCGAGGAUACGGCUUUGUGACUAUGAUGGACAGGGGGGCGGCAGAGCGGGCAUGUAAAGACCCCAACCCCAUCAUCGACGGUAGGAAGGCUAACAUCAACCUGGCCUACCUGGGAGCCAAGCCCCGCAGCCCACAGACAGGUGUCUCCAUCGGUGUGCAGCAGGUCCAUCCCGCCCUGAUCCAGAGGCAGUAUGGAUUGGCCCAGCAGUAUGGGUACCCCCAGGCCUUCCUCCAGCCCAGCCUGUUGCUCCAGUCCCACCUCAGCCCCUCUCAGGCCUCCCUCUCCUCCCCGUAUCUGGACUAUAGCUCAGCCUACGCCCCCUACACCUCCACCCCCUCCACUGGCCUGGAGCUCUACCCCUACGCCCCCUCGCCCUCCGCUAGCUACCUCCGCUACAGCUACUCCCCCGCCACACCAGGCCCUACCAUGUCUGCCCCCCCCACCCCUCCCACACCCAUCCACCUCUCCCUCAACCCCCUCGCUGGCCUCUCUGCCCCCCCUGCAGCCUACCUCCAAUAUCCCCUCCACCACCCCGACCGUAUGCAGUGAGGGGGGCCUGGGUUAUGGAGGUGGGUGAGUGUAAUCGGAGGGGGACACUCAUGACAACAACGUCUGGAGACUUGGAACAAGAGGAUUAUUGCACUAGGACCUGUGACAUCAUCAGGACGAGACUCCCGACAACCAAGGAGAGAGUGGGGUCAGAAUCCAAAGGGCUUUGUGAAAACAAACAAAACACACUGAGAUUUCUUCCUGUUUUUCUAUUAGGGUUAUUAUCCAUUAUUGUUAUCAUAGUUGUUACUAUACUACUAUUGCUGUUGUCGCCAAUGUUUAUAUGAAUGUUUGAAGAGCUCUCCUUAUGUCCAAUGCCAAACGUGAUGGAGUCAAUGGAACAUGAGAACACAAGAAGAGGAGAAUGAAUAAUUCUAGAACCUACCACCUUCCACUCCUUACCGGCAGAGACCACCCACCCUCGUACACAAGUAUCUCAGGCUUUUCUGAGCAGCCCUUUAAUGCAGUGGAUGGGGUUUGAAGGUUGGGCGAAGAUGAGUUGGAUAGCCAUUAUAUUUCACUAGAUUCUCCGCCUCACUCUUCCAGAAGUACUACUGAACAUUUCAUUAGCGAGGUGAGACAGACGCAGCAUCAUAGAAUUAGAAUACUAGAAUGGACAUGAACCUUCUUAUGAUGGUCCAAAGGUCAGCCAUGUUGGUCAGGGAGUUGGAACCAUGGUUUGCCAGUGCUGUGAUAAAGCAAUGAAUGUGAAGAAUUUAUCAGCACUGUGUUAGCUAGCUAGCCAGCCAGGUUAAGAGAAAUGAUUCUAUAAAUUUGUCAAAUUAGCUGCCAAUAUGCCAACAUUCCAUUAAAAAAAUUGUUAAUUCACAGCCAUACACUGGCUCAAAUCAGUUAAUGGGACU